GGUAGCUUCCUGAUGAAAUGCAACCAAUGAGUUAGGGAGCUGUGUACAAGUAGACUACAGUAGCAGCAUUUUAGCAGUAAAGCAUAAAUAAAUAACAAAAGAAAAAUAUCUGUGUAUAUGUAGACCUUUUCUAGAACAGUUUGGAUUAGUGUUUGUUUAUCGUGCAGUACUCCUAACACUCAGCCAACAGCUACUCGUACGACAUCUCUGCAGCUGACUGAGCAGGUAAAAGAAAAGGUCGCCAUGAAGGACAUCGAGAUAAACGGCAUGGUCUCGGCCCACUGCAUUAUCGCAGUGUCCAUCGUCAUGGCAACGAUUGUGCCUGCAGUGCUGCUGGAUGGCUUCUCUGUGUAUGGCACUCACCUGUUGUGGCUGUAUAUCUGCACUGCGGGCGUGGCUGCUGUCAACAUAGCUGUCUACACACUGCUGGGGGUCAGCCCUCCGGCCAAGAAGAGUACACUGAGUCACAAGGUGACUAAAGUCUCCAAGUCAUGUCUGUAUUUUAUGUUUUCCUGCCUGCUUUUCCACGGGAUUGUUGUCUUGUAUGGAGCCCCAUUGCUUGAGUCGGCUUCGGAGACGUUUUCCUUUGCUGUCUUGCUGUCCACUUUCACGACUCUGCGCUGCUUGUGUAUACUGGGUCCCAACGUUCAGGCUUGGAUUCGGGUGUUCAGCAGAAAUGGGGCAAUGUCGAUCUGGGAUACCAGUCUACAGAUCACCACAGCCAGCAGUGUCAUUGGAGCCUGGCUGGGAGCAUUUCCCAUCCCCCUGGACUGGGAGCGACCCUGGCAGGUCUGGCCUAUUUCUUGUACGCUCGGAGCAACUCUUGGCUUUGUGGCCGGACUCUUCAUCGCACCGCUUUGGAUACAUUGGCACAGGAAGCAGCUGACAUACAAAAGCAAGUAAACAAGGCAUCAGAGAUGCUGGGGGUCCCGAUACCUGCUGCUGUCUGAUUUCAAGAGUGCGAAGCAGAGUGAUUGUGUUAGUCAGUCCAUCCUCUCCAUUGUAGCAGUCUUGCAGACAAUAAAGCUGUUUUAUUAUUUAUAUUGAAAACAAUUCCCUACCGGUCAAUGGAAUCUGUUUCAAGGCUGCUGGCUUGCCUACACAAUGUGCUUGUGUCUGCUUGUGACUGGAAUAAGAAAAAAAAACAGGAGCCUGUGGUGUACUCGGAAAGGAAAUAAAUGUCUUUGUAUGUAUUAA